AUGGCUGCGCAAAUUGGGGACGCCGACGAGGUCUACGCCACCCUUUUGCUCAACGACACAUAUCUUCCUGGUGCUCUGGUGCUGGCGCAUUCGUUGCGAGAUGCCGGCACCACCAAGAAGCUGGCCGUCCUCGUCACGCUCGACACGGUGUCCGCCGGCGUGAUAACGCAGUUGCAGACUGUGUACGACUACAUCAUCUCUGUACCUCGCAUACGAAACUCUCAGCCGGCCAACCUCCACCUCAUGAACCGUGCAGAUCUGCAUUCCGCCUUCACCAAGAUCAAUCUCUGGAAGCAGACUCAGUUUCGCAAGAUUGUGUACAUCGAUGCCGACGUAGUAGCGUACCGCGCCCCCGAUGAGCUCUUCAACAUUUCGCAUCCUUUCUCGGCCGCCCCCGACAUUGGAUGGCCAGACUUGUUCAACACCGGCGUCAUGGUCCUCACUCCGAACAUGGGCGACUUCUACGCCAUGUUGGCCAUGGCCGAGAGGAACAUCUCAUUCGACGGCGCCGACCAGGGUUUGAUCAACAUGCAUUUCAAGAACACCUAUAAUCGUAUCAGCUUCACCUAUAACGUUACGCCGUCCGCUCAUUACCAGUAUGUGCCUGCGUAUAGGCAUUUCCAAUCGAGCAUCAACAUGGUCCAUUUCAUUGGUGCCGAGAAGCCUUGGUUUCAAGGUCGAAAUGUCAAUCAUGGAGGAGCCUCACCCUUCAACGAGAUGACGGGCAGGUGGUGGGCGGUCUAUGAUAGGCAUUACCGCAACACAACACAAACAUCGACCGUCCCAACAGCAACUGAAACAACGCCUGACAGAUCGCAGCCAACCCCUGAGCUGGUGCAGUAUUUUACCAAAGGAGAAUGGCGACCGAAAGCCGCUGAGCCCCAGCCCACUGGUGAGCAUUACGGUCACAGAGACCAUGGACACGAGCCGCGGCAGUAUCAUGAGCAAGUCCAUGGCGACAGUCGCUCAGAUCACGAUCACCAGAAAUCAGAUCAGUCCUCAUCCCAGCCUGUCCUGGGAUCAGCAGAGCCGCCGCGUAGCCACCACGAACACACUGUGGAACCGAGUGACCAGGCGGGCUCUUUUGUGACCGGGAUGGGUGUUCCAGCCGUGACUGUGUCCACCUCCUCCUCAAACAACGUCGAGGGCGCUGAAACUGAGGCUCGCGAAGAGCAGAUUCCCGAGCAGCAAGGGGCGCCAGCCACCCCAACGCCCGAACCGGAGUCAGAGCCAAAGCCAGCACCAUUCCAGCCUACUUAUUCCACCUGGGAUGCGCAAAGACAUGCUCCUCCGCCCGAUUCGAAGCCCGAAGCUGUCAACUUCCCGGCCAUGACAUACGAGAUGUCAUCAGACUCCACGCCGUUCGUUCCGCCGGCACGCUAUCCUAGUCCUCCAAAAGACAUGUGGUAUGAAGUUCCAAAGGAGCCUCCGGCGCCGCCCUCGCAGAAGCCGAGACCGAUCUUCCCUUGGGAGGCUAAUCAGGCUCCCCCGAGCCGCGUGUUCCCCGAUGACGUUUCGCAGCAAUCAGAAGAAAAGCCGCAGAUGCCGACGUUGGAUACAUCCACAAGUGAGAUAUCCGGAACCUCAGCAUCACGGCUGUCGACUGAGUCAAUCAUCACAGGCGCCUCUACUGUCGAUCAAGACAGCAAGCCAAGCACUCCGGCCACGCCUACGAUCCAGAUCACCCCGUCGGAUCCGUGGACGUCUUACACCCGAUCAAACGCCUGGGACGAGAUGCCCGAGAUUGAGCGUUAUGUCGAUGCGAUCCAAAAGCACCGCCGUUCGCGCAGUCGCAAGGCCCCAGGCACGAUCGCUCUGCCAGGACCUGGCGCUGAAAAUGAGCAAGGCCAAGGUCCACGACGCAGUUCGAGGCUGACCGACUUCCCUGGGGAGGACGAGCGGCCGAGUCUGCCCGUGACACCUGCACCUAUACGCCGCGCAAAGUUCUGGGGUGUUGAUGGCCCAGAUCCAGUCGAGGGCGAGGGUGAUCCGCUACUGCCAGCCGCAGAAGGCGUCCCCACGCAGACCGACUGGGACCCUGUGGAGCAACUUCAGAAGCUCGCCAAGCAGCAGUCUGAUAUGCUGCUACAGAAGCUGGGUGACCAGAGAAGAGACAGCACUGAUCUCCCGCCUCGCUUGCUACCUUUUGGGUCAGAAGACCUGACAUCACCGACAUAUGUGUCUCCCGCGCCGCCGGCACCGGCGUCUGUGACGUCACCAUCCGACCUUGAUACGACCCCGCGAGCAACGCCUCGACAGAAAGUCACAUAG